AUGGAUUCCCUGGGGUAUGGGAACGACACUACAAUGACAGGGUUCAUUUUACUGGGCUUAACAAAUGAUCCAGUCCUUCGAAUCAUCCUCUUCAUGAUCAUCCUCUUUAUCUACCUGGUGACCAUAUGUGGGAAUCUCAGCACCAUUAUUCUUAUCAGAAUCUCGUCUCAGCUCCAUCAUCCUAUGUAUUUUUUCCUGAGCCACUUGGCCGUUGCUGAUGUGGGCUAUUCAUCUUCUGUUACACCCAAUAUGCUUGUAAACUUCCUGGUGGAGAAAAAUACUAUCUCCUACCCUGGCUGUGCCAUCCAGCUUGGUUCAGCUGUUUUCUUCGGGUCAACUGAAUGCAUCCUUCUGGCUGCCAUGGCAUAUGAUCGCUUCAUAGCAAUCUGCAACCCACUGCUUUAUUCCACCAAAAUGUCCACACAAGUCUGUGUCCAGUUACUCAUAGUGGCUUACAUAGGUGGUUUUUUCAAUGCCUCCUCCUUUACUAUUUCCUUCUAUUUUUUACACUUCUGUGGACCAAAUCAAGUCAAUCAUUUUUUCUGUGAUUUUGCUCCUUUGGUUGAACUCUCCUGUUCUGACAUCAGUAUCCCUGCAGUUGUCCCCUCAUUUACAGCUGGCUCCAUCAUCGUGGUUACAGUGACUGUCAUAGCUGUAUCCUACAUCUACAUCCUCAUCACCAUCCUCAGGAUGCACUCCACUGAGGGGCGCCACAAGGCCUUCUCCACCUGCACGUCCCACCUCACAGCAGUCACUCUGUUCUAUGGGACCAUCACGUUCAUUUACGUGAUGCCCAAGUCCAGCUACUCAACUGACCAGAACAAGGUGGUGUCUGUGUUCUACAUGGUGGUGAUCCCCAUGUUGAACCCCCUCAUCUACAGCCUCAGGAACAAUGAGAUUAAGGGGGCUCUAAAGAGAGCUUGCCAGAAAAAUACUUUCUCAGUGAAGUCUGUUAUUUCAUAG